CACACAAUUGACAUAAAUUUACAAGAGAGUGGAGUAUUAUAUAUGAGCAGCACACAAUUGUUUAAUAAUUGGGUUAACAAUGAAUUUGGUGGUCCAACAAUCACCUCCAAUUUUGCUUCCCUCAAAACCCAGGGGGGUGCCUGUGAAAGUGGUGUCUGCCUGCUGCACUGAAUGUCCUAUAUCUAGUAAGGUUGAGGUUAAACAUGUCAUUUCAGGUCUUGCAGCAUCGAUCCUAUAUCUCUCUCAAAGUAACCUGGCUUUUGCAGCAGAUCUUCCUCAUUACAACAGUGUGUUCCAACUUGCAAAUGCCGCAGACAGCAUGCCAACACUUCCUUUGGAGAAGGGAAAUGAUGGUGUAGGUGGAAAGCUGAUGAUGAUGCGAGGCAUGACAGCAAAAGACUUUGAUCCAAUCAGGUAUUCUGGAAGAUGGUUCGAAGUAGCUUCACUUAAACGUGGAUUUGCUGGACAAGGUCAAGAAGAUUGCCACUGCACCCAGGGCAUUUACACUGUUGAUAUGAAGGCACCUGCUCUCCAAGUAGACACAUUUUGCGUUCACGGAGGACCCGAUGGCUUCAUCACAGGCAUAAGGGGAAGGGUUCAAUGCCUUACUGAGGAGGAUAAGGAGAAAGAUGAGACUGAUCUAGAAAGGCAAGAAAUGAUCAGGGAGAAGUGUUACCUUAAGUUUCCUACACUACCAUUCAUCCCCAAGGAACCUUAUGAUGUGAUUGCAACUGAUUAUGACAACUUCGCAUUGGUUUCUGGAGCUAAAGAUAAAAGCUUCGUUCAGAUAUACUCGAGGACGCCUAAUCCAGGACCACAAUUUAUCGAGAAGUACAAAAACUAUUUAGCAAGUUUCGGAUAUGAUCUGAGCAAAAUCAAAGACACUCCACAAGACUGUGAGGUUAAGUCUACUAGUCAGCUAUCAGCAAUGAUGUCCAUGCCCGCAAUGCAACAAGCUCUAAACAACCAAUUUCCUGAUUUAGAGUUGAGGCGCGCUGUUCAAUUCAACCCAUUCACAAGCGUUUUCGAAACUCUCAAGAAGCUUGUUGAGCUUUAUUUCAAGUAAUGAAGCCAUUUGAGUUUUAUGAUACAUACAUAUAUAUAUAUAUUGCUUGUGUAGUGCAUAGUUCUUGUGACUAUUGGGUGUAACACUUGAUAAUAAUGCACAUUGAAAUAAAAAUUCAAUUACGAAUGA